GGAGUUGCACUGAUGUUGGCGAUGCAGAUCAAUGUAUGUACCUUCCCCAAGUCCACGAAAGAAUUGUGCUUACAAACAUCCUCCAGCUUAUCGUCGUUGUAGUGCCAGGCCUGGCUGCCGUCGUUGCUAUGAUGCGCCGUUACGCUCCUCGUUUGAAGACUGUCCGAUCUCGCGAAGCUAAGCUACGGUCCCGCGUGAACGCCGCAUUCAGCGAGAGCGUGGACGGCGCCAGCUGCAUCUCCGUUUACAAAGUUGAAACAUCGGCCCGGUCUCUUCUUGUCCAACGGCUGAAUUCUUGGAGCAGUAUCCGUCUGCUGGCCGCCGCAAACCUACGCUGGCUUGAAGUGAGACUUGACGCUGUUGUUGCCAGUACUAUUGGGCUCACGGGUCUGCUUGUCGUGGCUUCCUCAGCUUCACUAUCACCUUCCAUCAUUGGCCUGAUAAUGAGUCAGGCUCUGAUACUUCCGGCAUCCCUGCGACAAGGCAUGAGGUUCUCUACGAGCGCGCUUCAGUCGAUGGUCGCAGUUGACCGUCUAGCAUCUUAUGCGAUCAGUCUACCUCGUGAGGGUGAGACGGGGCGUGCCUUGGGGUACCGCUUUUCUCUUGAGCAAUCGUGGCCGAACACUGGGGAGAUAGCCGUUCGGAACGUGAGUGUCUCUCACCGUCAAGAGCGUGACCAGGAGACAUCCUCUGCGUUACAGCAAAUGUCAUUCACCAUCCAAGGCGGUACGCAUGUCGCGGUUGUAGGCCCUACAGGGGGAGGCAAAUCGACUCUAGUCGCCCUACUCCUCCGCCUACUCGAUCCCGCGAUGGGCACCGUCACCCUGGAUGGCAUACCGAUGGUGGACAUUCCGCUGCAUGUCCUCCGGUCCCAUCUCGUUGCAGUCCCUCACGAUGCCGCCUCAUUCCCCAAUAGUACUGUCCGCGAAGUUGUCGAUCCCAAAGGCAGCCAUUCUCGUGACGAUAUCAUUCGUCUACUCUCGGACUUGGACAGGUUAGCCGGACUGCAUAGUCAGGCACCUCUCGUCCUCGACGAACUUAUUGACGAGCAGGUGGCACAAGGGACAGGGAGAGCACAACUGACUGCCUUAGCAUCCGUGAUACUCCAGAAACCACGGGUAUGUGUGCUGGACGAGACACUGGGAGGCUUAAGCGUCCAAGCGGACGUUGAAGUUACCAAGAUGGUAAAAGAGAGACUGAGGGGCAGCACCAUGGUGGCGGUCACGCAUCGCAUGGAGGCUGCCAUGCUGUUUGAUCGAGUGCUCGUCCUUUACCAGGGCAGGAUACAGGCUUAUGGUGACCUCGUCGAUGUGUGGAGCAAGAAUGAAUUCUUUAGAAAAGCGUGCGAUAGAGACGGAGUUACGCUUGAGAAGAUUAGGAAAGUCGGGAUAAAUAGUUGAAUGACAAGAGAGAUGUAGAUAGGCUAUGCUACUAAUAGAAACUAAUCGGCUCAGACAGCUCAGUCUUGGACUGACGGAAGUACGAUGGUCAUCAAAUCGGACUCUCAGAAUAUCUUUUGAUUUGAUCCAAUUCAUACAGUAAGGUACUCGAU